AUGCUCGAGCUGCGCGACGCGAUCGCAAGCGAAGAAAAAAUUAUAGCAGAAGCACAACAUCGCUUGGAUACGACCUUGAUUCAAACUCCGACCGUCGAGACACCGAGAAUCGCUCCGCCAUCUCUUUCCACCCUCCCGAGGGCCAGUGAACCUGAACCAUUACAAGGGCCCAAGAGGUCACACUCGGAAUCAGAAGAUGGGCUGGGCUCUGUCCGGAAGAUAGAAGCCAGAGUGAGGAGGGUCCCUCUGGUCAUGCGGUCCCGACGGUAUACACCGGCCAGUCUCGAGAAGAAUAUCAUGAAUGGAAUAUUCGACAUUUCCCAACAGUGGACAGCAGAGGUCGACUCAGCUGGACGAGAGAUAUCAUGGCGGGCCUUUUGCUGUUUCCUGGGAGAUAAUCUUGAUCGGUCACAAUCUGCAGCCGCAGCUAUGAAGCGGUAUUUUGAUGCCAAACAGCGUACCUACCAAUCUGUCACCGACUUCGCCAACUAUUUGAGCUCAUUAGAGUCGCGUCUUCCGAGGCUGGUGUCGGACGAAGAGCGCAUCCAGACCCUGUAG